GAGCCGAUAAUUUUUAUGCGAAGAGAAAAUUUUUGUUCUGUUUCGUUUUGAAUUUUUACGCAAUUUUUUUAUUCCGAGUAAGCACCGAUAAUGCUUCUUAAAUUCAUUCAUUUAUUCAUGUUUAUGUCUAGUCUAAUAGAUCGUUGACUAAGCAUAAGGCGAUGUUUUACUGCUGAGGCGAUUCGGCGAUAAGUCGCCAACGCCUUAUCAAUUCACGGGCGGCAUUCUCGCGAAAUACGAAGCUCAGAAACGCUGAGUAAAACCGUCAGCCGUGUAUUGUUUGAAAAUGGGUUUUACCGUUCUCACGAGCCUUGUCCUUGCGUCCAUCAUUGCCACUGUCUAUUACAGUGGUUACAAUCUCGACAUCACGUCUGAACGUGAAAAUGAAAAGAUCGAAGAGGAGAACGAUCUUCAUCCUCUUUUCUUAACUCCGCUGAUUGAGAGUGGCAAUAUUGAUGAUGCAAGAAGAAAGUCGAUUGUCGAAUAUGAAGGGCUAAGGGAUGUCGUCAGCUAUAGUGGAUUUAUCACGGUUAAUAAGGAGUACAAUUCCAAUUUGUUCUUCUGGUUUUUUCCCGCUGAGAUGAUCUCAAAAACUGCUCCAAUAGUCAUUUGGCUUCAAGGAGGUCCAGGCGAGAGUUCCCUCCUCGGUCUUUUCUCGGAGAACGGUCCCUUCCGCCUCAUGAAGGACCAAACUCUGGAAAGUCGUGAGAAUACCUGGGUCGGUCCCCUGAACAUGCUGUACAUCGACAGCCCGGUAGGAACCGGCUUCAGUUUUACUAAUCACGAGGACGGUUACGCAGACAAUCAACUGUCUGUGGGCCUGUACCUGUACCAAGCCCUUGUCCAAUUUUUUCAACUGUUUCCUGAGUUCCAAGCCAACGAUUUGUAUAUCGCUGGGGAAUCAUUCGGUGGAAAAUUCGCAGCUAGUUUGGGAUACACGAUUCACGCGUUGAAUCCUACUGUUUUGAACAAUCCGAUGAAUCUGAAGGGUCUCGCUAUCUUCAGUGGUUCGUUGGAGGCAGUGGAUAAAGCCGGAGGGUCCACAAGGGCUGUGCAACCUCCGCCGUCUCAUAUAUUUCGACCGUACGACUUGGUGAAUUUCAAAACUAUCUCGAAAUUCUUGAAGUAUGAGAGGAAGAUGAAGGAUCUCGUGGAUAAACCGAAAGCAAUGGACUUGGAUGACCUAUUUUUAAUGGCCAGGGAGACCACCAAAUUCAUUGCUGAUCUUCCUCCGUUAUUUAGUGAUGAGAAACCAGAGGAACCUUCCGAAACGAAUGACCCAGAAGUGCUCUCCCAAAUGAUGGAAAAGGACGAGAUAAGGCAGGCCAUUCAUGCUGGUAACAGAACCUUCGUUGUGAAUUCGGAUCGAGUGAAAGAGCUCCUGAAAGCGGAGAUGACGCGCCCACUUGAAAAUGUCUUCGCUAUUCUUCUGGAGAAUUACCGGGUUCUGAUUGUCAAUGGAGAGCUGGAUAUGGUGGCGUCUGCUAUUGAUAUCGAAAGGUCUUUGAUGAAGCUGAAUUGGACUGGGAAGGAUGAUCUGAGGCGAGCAACUGUCACGCAGUGGUUGGUGGGUGGCGAGGUAGCAGGGUAUGUCAAGAGGGUUGGGAAGCUGGAGGCGGUGAAGGUGCAGAAUUCUGGAGGACUUCUUAUUAAAGAACGACCGACGUGGAUGCUGGAAUUAAUUACGAAAUUUACGGGGGGAGAGAGUAUUGUUUAGAAACUGAAGAAUAAAAAUUACAACAAUGUCUAUUAAUCAAUAAAAAUUCAUAUGAAUGGA